AUGGAGACAAUUUAUUGUACAGUCACCCAAGUCAUAAUUCAAGAUCCAAAGCUUUUUCAAAACAAGCAGUCUAGAUUGCUCACAGACUAUGAUGAGGUUAAAGCCCUUGGUAGUGGAGCCUUUGGUGUUUUUGUCUCCUGCAAGAGUAAGAUAGAUGGGACAACUUAUGCUGUGAAGAAAAUUGCAGUUGGAGAUGAAUAG